AUGGGCAGCGGCAAAGCCCACCAGGAGCCCAUCGUGCUCGUGGUCGAUUUCCACCAUGCAAGAGGCCCCGAGGUCGAGUUCUGGUUCUGCGACGAUGGCGUUGAUCCCGUGAAGAAGAAUGACUGGGCGCUGCUGCCGUUCAUGGCGCUGUCGGACGGAGCUCAUGCGUCCACGGAAGACUUCUCCUAUUUCACUCUGCAGUGCAAGGAGACCGAGAAUACGCCUGCUACCUCCCUGUUCGGCAUAGCAUGCACCACCCAGCUCGACUCGGAUAAGUUGAUCAAUCGACCGCCGGAGGUGACGCGAUCGACGGUGCAGAAGGCGGUGGUGGCUAUCAUCAACGAGCCUCGACAUCUGGGGCAGCUGAGGGAGAAGCUGUCGAUAGUCACCUCUGCGUGGUUUGCUCAGCGUGACUUCACGGAUACGGAUAUUCUCCAGAAAUUCUGGGAAGGAUUGAAGAUCAGUUUGAAAAAUGAAGACCUGCACAAAGACGAGCAUUUUGGCCUUUCUUUACGUGAGAUGAUACACGAAUUCAAGCACCAGACUCUAGUUUUGUUUAAAUGUUUAUUACUACAGCCAAAGAUGCUCUUUUUUGGUUCUAGAUGCGAGCGUUUAUGCAUGAUACAGUUCUCAUUAAUUUCAUUGAUACCCGGCCUUAUACAUAAUCUUCAGGACUGCGCUGAUCCGUCGUAUGAUACUUAUGCGCAGACGGUUGAAAAACCGAGCUCGCUCAAAACCAGCGAGAGAAGUUCUCUACUCGCAUAUAUGGGGCUUCCACUUCAAAUAUUUGGCAAAGGGAGCAUGUUUGGACCGUAUACGCCGCUUCAACAGCUAGAUCUGCUUGCUGAUUAUGGUACCAAAUCGUAUCUCGUUGGCUCGACUAACUCGCUACUCUUGCAGCAAAAGGACCGAUAUAGUGAUAUCUUAAUAAACCUUGACGAAGAUACGGUGAACAUAUCAUCUCCAUCUCUACGAGCGGCACUGGCUCUUUCUGCUGCAGAUCGUCGAUGGAUCGAUUUCCUCACUCAGACAAUAAAUGAUACCUGGGAUGAAGCACAUCCUGCACGACCAAAGACUCAUGGAUACAUGGGGUCUGAAGAGUUCAUCCGUCUCCAGUUCGAGGAAUACCUCCUAGCUCUGAUCUCAUGUGUAAAAUACCACGAUGAGGUAGCUACGGGAGGCGCGGCGAAACAGCCUGCAAAUGACAUCGAAGGCGAUCCCCACGCCCUUCUCUUCUCCGUAGUCGAGCCACGCCACCCGUGUGCAGGAGGUCUAGGCAUCGAAGACAUCCAACGGCGCCUGGCGCAGCAAGUUGCAGAUCUACAUCUCGACGAGCGAGUACGCGAAGGUCGCGAAACGCUUAACAAACAUCUUGCCACGGGCCAUCAAAAGGUCACGACAGCGUUCAACUCUCUCUGGGCGGAGCUCGAAGCAAGACGGGAAGCUCAAAGGAAACGCAACGAAGAAAGGGCAAAACAGCAAGCAGCGCCGCUGGAUACAAGCCAAUCCGAUCACAGCAAACAAGAAACAUCGUCGGCGUCCUCAGGCCCGGCUUCUCCGCCCCCAAACUCACCUACUCCAUCAACGUCUGGCUGGUCGUUUCCUGCACGCAAAGCCCCUGCCGUAGAUCUGACGCAGGCCCAAGCCACCGUUUCCGCGGCAGGCCAGCGAGCUUCCGCGUACUUUAGUUCGUGGGGUUCAUGGGCUAAUGAGCGUCGAAAGGAGUGGCAGACAAAGAACACGAGUACGGGUGCGAGCCCCGUUUCAUCUCCGACAGCCACCGGAACGCCCAGAGCGUCGAUGACAAGUACCCGUAACGAGAGGCGGUCAAUUGGAGACAGCAUCAAGGCCCCCGCCAUGACUGAGAUGAGGGAGAUGGAAGAUAUGAGGGCAAAGGAAGAUGUUGAUCGCCCGGGGUCUUCUAGGCCUCAGAGCAGCGAUCACUUGAUGGAGAAGGAUCAUAUAGAUGCUCUAUUAGAGAGUGAUCCUCUAUCUUCGUCUUCUCAUGAAGUGGGUAAAAGUUCUACAAAUACCUUGGGAUGA